AUGCUGCUUGGAGGCGUGACCCUGUUUAUAGCACUGUAUGAUUACGAUGCCAGGACAGAGGAUGACCUCACCUUCAAGAAAGGAGAGAAAUUCCACAUUAUCAACAGCUCAGAAGGAGACUGGUGGGAGGCUCGAUCAUUGACAACCGGGAAAACAGGAUAUGUCCCCAGUAAUUACGUGGCCCCUGUCAACUCCAUCCAAGCUGAAGAAUGGUACUUUGGUAAGAUGGGUCGGAAGGAUGCUGAGCGGAUGUUGCUGUGCCCUGGUAACCCUCGAGGCACCUUCCUCAUACGGGAGAGUGAGACAACCAAAGGUGCCUACUCCUUAUCCAUUCGGGAUUGGGAUGAGGUGAAAGGAGAUCAUGUGAAACAUUAUAAAAUUCGUAAACUGGAUAAUGGUGGGUAUUAUAUCACGACACGAGCCCAGUUUGAGACUGUCCAGCAGUUGGUCCAUCAUUACACAGAGCGAGCUGCGGGCCUGUGCUGUCGCUUGGUGGUGCCAUGUCACAAGGGCAUGCCGAAACUGGCAGACCUUUCAGUCAAAACCAAAGAUGUGUGGGAGAUACCUCGGGAGUCCUUGCAGCUGAUCAAGAAGCUGGGCAAUGGGCAGUUUGGGGAAGUGUGGAUGGGUAGGAAUUAUGCCAUGUCAAAGCAGACUUGGGACUUGCAGCAGAUAUGCAGUGACAUGUGAUCAUUCUAAAUGGGCAUUUGGUCUCAAAAUGUCCCAUUGAUGACUCCAUGCUAAAGAAGCAACUCAGAGUUGUGCCACUGUCACAUGGAUGUGUUGAUUAUUUGGUGGAAAUGACACAUUAUUCUCUAAGAUUGGAUAAAGCUGUCAAUUUGAGCCUUUGCAAUCAUGGAACUGAUUUGGCCUUUGCUCGGAUUGAAUGAAUUACAACAGAGAGGGAGAUUUUCCAGCCAAUCAUCUGGAGUGAUACGGCUCCUCCAAGUGGAUUAAUCCAUGCUGAACCCAUUUCCCUACCCAGUGUUCCUCUUAUAUUCCCCCUUUCCAAAUAGUUAUCAUGCUGUCAUUUUAAAUCAUGUGCACUUUUCCAGUUUGACAGCUAAUGCUCAGCAUCCAUGAUCCAAUAAUUAUCUGUAGGAAAAUAAUCUUUGAUCUGUCAAUUGGUGGAAUCCAGAUUUCAUAAUUAAACCUCACAAAACCAUUCAUCAUUUCAUGAAUCUCCCUUAGAUUGUCACUUUAAUAUUCUUUGUUUUUAAAAAAGUUACCAUUUUUUAGCUUUAUUUCAAAGCUAUAAUCUCUCAUUUCAUUCCCAUCUGUAUUCUGUCCUUUACUUCAAUAUCCUGACAAUAACAGUGUUCCCAAAAGUAUAGAGAGUAUUUCAACUGUGACCUAUUUAAUGUCUUAUACAAAUUCAGCAUCACCUCUUCCCAGGUGGAUACACUGUGAAUGACCUUAAAUUGAUCAAAGAAGCCAAUAUAUAUUACAAAUUAGUAAUAUAUUGGCUGGUCCAUUGAUGAGCCUUAUUUAUUUGAUCCUUUUCUGGUAGAUCAAUCCUCCAAACUGAAGCACUACAAUUCAUAACAUCGAUGUUGAAUUUUUCAUAACCCUCUUAAAACUUGCUGAGAAACGGUAUGAUUAUUUUGUUGCUGCCUCCCUACAGUUCACCCAGGACUGUGUGCAUGGCGCCCGAAGAUGGAACUUUUUCUUACAGAUAGUUCCUUUGAGUUCCAAAUCCAUUAGCACUUGCAAACUGGCUGACAUAGGCACUGAAAUGAGAAUAAUCUGUUAGCCAAAAGAUAACA